GCGCAGACCAUAAGCGUUGGUGUUGAACGUGAAGUGACAGCAAGUUCACUUCGGACCUCCCUUGACAUGACACACACCUAAAGAAAACGCCCGUUUAGGUGGAAAUUGGUAAUUCAGUCACCGAGUACGAGUGCAUGUUCUGCUCACAGGACGAGGACAAAAAGAAGUGGAAGAGAAACGAAAGCGUGAAACACACUGAGAAUGACGGCCACUCUGGAGCUGCUGGAGCUGAGGAGGAGAGUGGCGUCCGAGCUGACCACCGCGGGGUCGGGACCGCAGGUCAAAGCCGGGGUCCAGUCCAUGGCCGAGCUCCCUCUGCCCCUGAACCAGAAGUACCUUAGCAUCGACGCCGCAGCCAUAGUGCGGGGGAACACCGUGGGCGACGGCAGGGCGCAGGUUGUGGAGCGAAUGGGCAGACUGGUCAAAGCUCUGAAUGUUUUGGAGAAGUAUGGCCUCAACCUGCACAACCUUGCCAGACCCCGUUACUGGCGCAGUGUCAAGCACAACAACCCCAUCUUCAAAGCUCAGGUGGACAGCAUGCAGGGUGGGCGGGGCAUCCUCUAUCUCUAUGGUUACACCGUCCAGCAGGUCGACGGCCUGGUGUUCCCUGACGACGUCCUGCAGCCCGAUAGAGACAAGGUCGCCGCGGUGACCCUCGAGGUCACGUGCCUGCGCUUGGAGCUGGAGAUGCUCAUCAAGGGAAACCAUCCUAAUCCAGAUUUCUUUAAAGACGUCCUCCCAUUGGUCGUUCCAGAGGUCCAGCAGCAGAGGAACGAGGAGGUGGCAGCCCCCCCCCUUACGGACGUCAACAGAUCGACGGCCCCGCCCCCCAAACCCAUCAGCCCCCCCCCCCCGACCCCCACCCAGCCCCCGCUCCCUGCCCCCGUCCAGAAACCCCCCCCCCCCCCCCACUGGGCACCCCCCGUCCUCCCUGGAUUUCGAUCAAUCUCCCUACACCACCCCCCCUUCUUCCCCCCGCACCUCCCCCCCCCCCCCCCCCCCCCCAGCCCAACUCACCUCCCUCCGCCCCCACCGGGACCUCCCCCGUGAGCCCCACCGCCCCUCGGCCCUCCACCGCCCUGCCCCCCAAGCCCGCCCCCAGGCGUCUCUCCCGGCCUCCGCCGGGACCGGAACCCCCCGCAGCUACCCCACCGUCUCCCCUCCCCUCAGACGACGGGUGUCACUUGUGUGGCGUCGUUCCCACGGUAACCUGUGCGUCGUGCUCCCCCCUGCUCUUCUGCGACGUGUGCGAUGGAAUCUUCCACCGCAACCCAGCGAGAGCCAAUCACAAGAGAGAGCCGAUUCCACCCGCCAAAAAGG